AACUUUAAAUACAGCAAUAUUUAUAUUUGUUUUUAGUGGUUUUGGUUUAUAAUGCGAAAAUUCCUCGUAUAUCUUUAAGAAGUGUGGAACUAUUUGAAAAUAACUGUUCAAUAAUUUGUGAAUGACUAGUAAUUUCUUUUAUUCGAUAUUGUUUAUGUUUAUUCUUAACAACUUACUUAUGUCAUGACCCAGCAUAUUAAGUCGCGUAAGUACGUGACUGUCUCCUGAAGAGAGCUGUCAUUUGUCACUCUUGUUAAUCAAGCUCUACUCCUAUUGAAAAGCCUGAAGAACUGACAAAAUCAGAGUGGCUUGACAGAAUUGGUAACUUACGAAUGCAAAGGGCAGAUAUGAAUCGCUUGAUUAUGAAUUACCUUGUUACAGAAGGUUUCAAGGGGGCUGCGGAGAGAUUUCGUAUUGAAUCUGGUGUCCAGCCAACUGUAGAUCUUGAUACUUUAGAUGAGCGAAUCAAAAUUAGAGAUGCCAUUCAAAAUGGAAAAAUUCAAGAAGCUAUUGAAAUGGUUAAUAAUCUUCACCCAGAAUUACUUGAUGCAGAUCGAUAUCUAUUCUUCCAUCUGCAGCAACAACAUUUGAUUGAGCUGAUUCGAGAGAGAAAUAUAGAGGAAGCUUUAAAGUAUGCCCAGGAGCAAUUAGCUGAAAGAGGAGAAGAAAACAAAGAAGUUUUAUCUGAACUGGAAAGGACUUUGGCAUUGUUGGCUUUUGAUGAACCUGAAAGGUCACCCUUUGGUGAUCUUUUACAUCCAUCUCACCGCCAAAAGAUUGCUAGUGAGGUGAAUGCAGCGAUAUUGGAAAUGGAAAACAGAGAGUCAACCACUCCUAAACUGGCUGUUAUGCUUAAACUAAUGCUUUGGAGUCAAGAGGAGUUAGAAAAAAAGAAAGUGAAGUAUCCAAAGAUGACAGAUGUUGCUCAUGGUGUGAUUGAAGAGCCAAAGUAAUCUGUUUCUCAUCCUGACUUGUUAUGUAUAAAAGGACUUGUUUUUCCUGAUAAUCUUCCUUUAUAUUUGUAAAUAUAUUGUCGUUUUGUUCUACUGUUAAAUUAAAAAGCAAGACUAACUUGAAGUUAUUUUAGAAAUUCGUAAUAAAUGCAUUUUUUUAAAAA